CACUUUACUCUGCGUAUGUCUUCCCUUGAGUUUCCUCUGUGUGCGUGGCCCGUCCCAAGUGCUGUUUCUGUCUCCAGGGAGAUCGUGAACCCGAAGGACGUGAUCAUCGCCCCCGUGGACGGGAACGGCACGGUGAAGAACUUCUGCAGCCAGGCCUGCCUCUCCUCCUUCGACGUGAAGCGCAACAGCAGCAGGGCCACGCAGUCCCCCGCCGACACCGCCAUCAAGUGCAGCGUCUGCAAGAAGACUGCUGUGAUUAACCACGAGGUGAACUUCCAGGGCGCGGUGCACAAGCUGUGCAGCGACGCCUGCUUCACGCGCUUCCGCUCCUCCAACAACCUGACCAUGAACUGCUGUGAGACCUGCGCCACCUACUGCUACAGCGGCGUGGGGCACUGCCAGCUGCUGCAGAUAGAGGGCGCCGUCCGGAAGUUCUGCAGCCCGCCCUGCCUCGCUGCCUACAAGCAGAAGAGCAGCAGGGUGGUCCCGGCUGCAGAGUCUGCCUGUGCAGGUGAGGCCGCUGCGUAG